AUGGAAACCAAGUUAUACGCAGCCGAGGCUCUUCGUCAUAGAGGUAUUUGUGGGUUACAAAACAUCUUUCCAGUUCAGUGUGCAGGGAGAGGGAGAUCUAGAGCAGGAGGUCUUUGUUUGUGGUGGCGUAGUGAUAUUCAACUUGAGGUUCUUAAUGCAUCUUUGAAUCACAUUUUGUGCAAUAUUCUGCAUCCAGAGGAGCAAAAUCAUAUGCUCAUGGUGGGUUUAUAUGGCUUCCCGGAGGAGCGUCGUAAGAUCGACACAUGGAACCUUAUAAAAGGUUUAAUGCCGAGCAGCUCCAUGGCUUGUCUUGUUAUUGGUGAUUUUAAUGACGUCCUUUCCCCCUUUGACAAAUUGGGUGGGGACCCGCCUGACCUAAGUCACAUUCAGUGGGUUAAUCAAGUGUGUAGUGACUGUGGGUUGAGGGAGGUUGAUUUCUCCGGGAAACGCUUUACUUGGUCUAAUAAUAGAACAACUCUAGGGACGAUUGAGGAGCGCCUUGAUUUGGCUCUUGUUAAUGAUGAGUGGAACGCUUUAUGGCCAGCAACCUCUUUAGUGCACUUUCAGAGGCACCAGUCAGAUCAUAGUCCGAUUCUUCUGACCUGUGGUGCUCGCAGAGGUCGGAAAGAGCUGAAGAGGACUCGACUUUUCAGAUUUGAAGAAAUGUGGCUUCAGGAAGGGAAUGAGUGUGCGGAAGUGGUAGCAGAGACUUGGUGUAACGGAGGUCCUGAUCUCCUUUCCAGACUUUCUGAGGUUAGUAGUGCUCUUGACGGUUGGGGGAAAGCUAAAUUUGGGGAUUUACCGAGGAAAAUUUCAGAUCAGCAAGCCUGGUUACAAGAGCUUCAGCGGAAAACACAAACUGAACAAGUGAUUAUGGCGUCUCAUGAGGCGGCAAAGGAACUAGACUCUUUGUUAGAACAAGAAGAGAUUUGGUGGAGCCAGAGAUCGCGGGCAACUUGGCUCAAACACGGGGAUAAAAAUUCAAAGUUUUUCCAUCAUAAAGCAUCCCAACGGAGGAAGAGGAAUAUGAUCGAGUUGAUUAGAGAUGAUAGAGGCAGAAAAUACGAAGAGGACAAAGAUAUAUCGAGUGUCCUAAUGGACUAUUUUACUAACCUUUUUGCCACUUCAAACCCUUCGGGGGUGGAGGAGGCCACUUCUCUUGUUGCAGGUCGCAUCUCACCCUCCCAUUUGGAAACUCUUUCAGAGCCUUUUACAAAGGAGGAGGUUGAACAAGCCCUAUUUCAGAUGCACCCGACAAAGCACCAGAGUGCCUUUGUUCCAGGGCGUUUGAUAACCGAUAAUGCUUUGAUAGCAUAUGAGUGCUUUCAUUUUAUGAAGAAGAAAAUCACUGGCCGCAAUGGCAUUAUGGCGCUUAAAUUGGACAUGUCCAAAGCGUAUGACCGUAUUGAAUGGUCCUUUUUGGAGUCGGUUCUUAAGAGUAUGGGUUUUCCAGCAGCGUGGCUUAGUGGCAUUAAAAUUAGUAGGCGUGCUCCUGUUAUUUCACACUUGCUCUUUGCAGAUGAUAGUGUGAUGUUUGCACGUGCGAGGGUGGAAGAGGCCCAGUGUUUGAAGCAGAUCCUUGCUACCUAUGAACGAGUUUCUGGCCAGAUGAUCAACCUUGAUAAGUCUAUGCUUUCCGUGAGCCGAAAUGUGCAUGAUAAUUGUUUCCAUGAGCUUAAGCAGCUGUUGAAUGUUAAGGCGGUUGAAGGUUAUGACAAGUAUUUGGGUUUACCAACUAUCAUCGGUAAGUCUAAAACCCAAAUAUUUAAUUUUGUCAAGGAAAGAGUUUGGAAAAAGCUUAAAGGGUGGAAGGAAAAGUUUCUUUCAAGAGCUGGGAGGGAAAUUUUAACUAAACCUGUGGCACAAGCAAUUCCUUCUUAUGUUAUGUCUUGCUUUGUCUUGCCUGAUGGUAUUUGUGCAUAUAUUGACCGCAUGAUUUCCAAGUUUUUCUGGGGCGGCGAUCCAGCUCGCCAAAGCUUACAUUGGACCAAGUGGGAAAAUCUUUGUAAAGGAAAAAUGGAAGGUGGCCUUGGCUUUUGA